AUGUCUUUCACACAGGUCUUGGGGAUAAAGCUCGUUACCGUCUUGUUGCUUGGCCUUGGGAAUUAUGUUGGCGAUCCAGGCAAAGAAGAAUCUUUGGUGGUUAUAGUCGUACCUAUUCGUCGCAUGGCAAGAAUUGGUGACGGUCAAUGGACACAGCCACAACAGUCUGUGCCUGGUGGCGAAACUUGGUCAUUUGUGAGGUGA